UCGCAGGGAGGGCGGGGCACUGGGCGCGGUGUUCGGCGUUUGACAUGAGGCGGCCCCGCCGGCCGCCGCGGGGGUCGCUGGGAGCAGGCGCGUUGCUGCCCGUGGGCCUGUGACCGUCGGGGCCGGGGCCGGGGCCGGGGCCAGGGCCGCCCGGCUCCCCGCCCGCUCCGCUGGCGCCAUGUUCCGCCGCGCGCGGCUCAGCGUGAGGCCCAACGUGAGACCCGGUGGCAGAGGCGGCGGCGGCCCGAGCCCCGCGGCUGCCCCUGGAAGUCCGGGCCCCGCCUGCGCGCCGGGCGGGGAGGAGUCGCAGCCCGGCCCUGGCCCCGCUGCAGCCCCGGGGCCGCCCGGCCAGGAUGAGCCGCAGGCGGCGAGCGGAAAUGAAAGGGCGGGUGGUGCAAGUGAUGCUGGAGAAGCCAUUAAACCUGCAGAUGGACCUUUGCAGAGGAGAAAAAGAAUAUCCACUCUGCCUAACUUGGCAAAACCCAGAGUUACGGCGCUAGCUGCACAACGGUCGGUAUCAAAGCCUGCUCAAAAACAAGUACCUCAGUCUGUCAGUGGCAACACUUCACGGAAGGAAUCCUCUGCAUCAGAUAAGACCAACAGUGAAAGCUCUCCAAAGUCUCCCAAUCUGCCUGAAAAGAAAACACCUGUCCCACAAGUGCCACAGUUUUCCCCACUUAAAAAAUCACGAAGCAAAGAGCCAAAUGCCAGUAUAAUUGCUCAUAAAAAUGAUGAAACUCUACAGAAGAGCACACUCUCCCCUCUCAAGGAGAGACCUACCCAGGGAAGAUCAAAAGAAGAUGAAAUGUCGCAUGCAAAAUCUACUCCAGCAAAAGAAAAGCAGAGGUGCUCAGAUCGUGAAAGAAUCCUUAAAGCCCAGAAGCUGAGAGAGAUGCUCAAAGAAGAGCUGAUGAAAGAAAAACUGAAACACGGGAAAUCCAGACAGAAGGUGGUUGAAGGUUUCACUGCAGCAGAUCGUUCCAAAAUGACCAUGAGAGACUUGAUAUACUUCCUGCCACAGAACAAUCCCAUGAAGUCUUCACUAAUAGAUGAAAAAACUUCUGCGUCAAGCCAAAUGAAAGAAUCAGAAGAGAAGAGUGCUCCUGUUCAUGAAGAUGAAGAGGAAAUUGCUCAGGCAGAGGAUGAGGAGGAGAAUCACGAUGAUCAGCUUCUAGUUCCUCGAGUGAAAGUGGCAGAAGAUGGCUCAAUUAUUCUGGAUGAAGAAAGUUUAACAGUGGAAGUUUUAAGGACUAAAGGGCCAAGUGUAGUAGAAGACAAUGAUCCUAUUUUUGAGCGUGGCUCUACAACUACCUAUUCCAGUUUUAGGAAAAGCAUUUACACCAAGCCAUGGUCAAAUAAAGAAACUGAUAUGUUCUUCCUGGCCAUCAGCAUGGUAGGAACAGACUUCUCCCUGAUUGGUCAGCUGUUUCCUCACAGAGCAAGAUCAGAAAUUAAGAACAAGUUUAAACGUGAGGAAAAAACAAAUGGAUGGAGGAUAGACAAAGCCUUCAAGGAAAAGCGGCCAUUUGACUUUGAAUUCUUUGCACAGCUGCUUGGGAAAGUUCUAGCAGAUGAGGAAAAGAGGAAACAAAAGGUGAUUAGAAGUCAAAGAUCAAAAGAAAAGAAGCCACAAAAAGCUCGGAAAAAGCAAAAAGUAGCUCACGCUGAGAAUGAAAAAGCUGCUAAUGAUCAAGAUCAUGAGGAUGUCGAAAUUUCUGAUGCAGAAACCGAAGUGGAUGCUGUGACAGCUGAGAAGGAGAAUGAAGAAUCUUUGAAUGUUUCUGAACCAGCAGAAGAACAGCUCCUGUCAGAGCCAGGGGUAACCAAAAAGAAAAGAAAGCGGAAGAAAAAAAAUUCUGAAAAGGAACUUCAGAAUCUUGCUGAUGCAGAAACAGGAGUUGAUGCUGUGACAGCUGAGAGAGACAAUGAAGAAACUGUAAAUAUUUCUGAACCAGUGGACGAACAGAUUGCAUCUGGGCUAGUGGUACCAAAAAAGAAAAGAAAGCGGAAGAAGAAAAAUCUUGAAAAGGAACUUGAGAAUCUUUCUGAUGUGGAAACAGGAGUUGAUCCUUUGAUAGCUGAAAAAGAGAAUGAGGAUUCUUUGAAUCCUUCUGAGCUGACAGAAGAACAGAUCACAUCGGAGGCUAUGGUAAAAAGAAAAAGAAAACAAAAGAAGAAGAAUUCUGAUCAGGGCAUGGAGACUCUUGCGAAAGAGACAGCAGUUAUUUUGAAACCAGCUAAGGGAGAAAAAUCCAGCGGGAAACAAAAAAAUACAUCCAGCACAAACAGUGAUGAUUCUACUGAAUGCAGGGAGGAACUGGGUAUUCAUAAUGAAGAAAUGCUUUGGGAGACUCCUGUUCAAGUGGAGCAAGUCUUAGAUUCCUCCUUACAACUGAAUGAUGAAACUGAGGAAGAUAGUGAUUUUGAUUUACACAGCUUUCAAGGUAGUAGUAGUGUGUUAAUAGAAGCAGAACCUGUUGAACCAGAAAUCACCAGAGAGUCACAGGAAUGGCAGCUUUCAAAAUCUCAAGUUUUGGUUAACAGAAACCAAGGAAGCAGUGAUCAAACCACUAAAUCAAAGAACAAUGAAGUAUCUGAUUUAUGUGAGCCAGGUGCAGCAGGAAGAGGCCGUGAUACAAAGUCCGAAACAACAGAGACUGACAAAGUUGUUACUGAAAGGACAGCAGUGAGAGGGCAUCAGCAGAGAUUUAAACCUAACCUAGUAGGAGCUUCUGGAAAGAAGAAUGAGCCUCUUCGGGCAGAAAGAGAAGAUAAAACUCUUCAUUCAGAGGUUGAGGGAAAAACAGAAGAAAAGAAUAGUAACCAAGGUAACAAAUCUGAUGUUCCCAGAGUGGAAACAACAAAGAAAGAUGAUAGAGUCUCAGGGACUGAAUCUUGGUCUGAUGAAACAGCUCAAUCACAAGAAGAUGGCAAACAGUGUGUACUCAAACCAGCACCACUAAUGAGGAGUCGAAUGCAGAGGCCAAAACCAAAUGUAGAGCGGGCAGCUGUGAGACAGGGAACAGUGAUACUGCAAACAGAUCUUGGAAAGGCAAAAACUGAUUGUGGCGAAACAGUGCAGAAAGAUUUGAUACAUUGUGAAGACAAAACAGGCGGUUCACUUCUCACUGCAUCUGAUGCCACCCAGGCACACUUGGAAGUAUUAGAGAAGGAAGCUGCUGCAAAUCCUGAGAAGCUGGCUUCCACACAUGAAAACCUGCAUUCCCUGAAAGAGUCCUUAGAAUCUGAGAGCUGUGAACAAGUAAAAAGAAUUCCUGGAGGUGAUUUGAAAAAUGGUUCCAAUUCUGAUGCAGGAGAUUCAGGUUCUCAAAAACAAGAAAGAAAAGAUAAGCCAGCACAACUAUUAAGGGGUCGAUUUCGAAGGCCAAAGCCCAAUUUAGGAAGGUCAGCUGGAAAAAAGGAAGUGUCAGGAGCAGAUAAAGAUGUAUCUGAUGACAACACUGAUAAAGAAGAAAAAAGUUUGCAGUCUGACUGUGAAUGCAGCUUGCUUCCUGACCUAGAUAAAACAGCAAAAUGUGAUGUCCUGCCUUUAGGAAAGAAAGACCUUGCUGACUCUCGGGAGGUAUCUGUAAUACCAUUAGUUCAUCAGUCCCCAAAGAAGCUGUCAGGAUCUGAGAGUGAUGAACCCAGCAGAUUUUUUCCACCUGCAGAUAACCAGGAAAUUGCUGCACCUAUUGCUGUAGGGCUUUACAACAAAAAUAUCUCUCAAGAACAAAGUAAACCAAGCUCUCUUCAACCAGUCCAGCUAGUGAGAGGCAGAUUUCAGAGGCCCAGGCCAAAUAUAGGAAGAGGAGUUGGGAGGAAAGAAACAGGAGCAAUGGAAAAAAAUGAAUCUGAAGUUGAACAAUCAAUACAGCAUAAACAUGAAUCUGCCAGUAGCUCACUGACCGCAGUAAAGGGUGAAAAUGAAGUCAUACGUUCUGAACUUUCAGAAAAGUUGUUGGGUUGUGAAAAAUGGACAGAACAAGAGGAAUCUCAAGUGCCCAGUAUUUCACAAAAUGUGUCAGAUGAACAAAGCAGUGUUAAAAAAUCCAGUUCUCUAGAAAAUAAACCAGGUGCCAUCAGACCAGCACAGCUUAUGAGGCAUCGGUUCCAGGGGACUAGACCAAGCAUAAGAAGGCUGUCUAGCAAGAAAGGAGAACUAUCAGCAGAAAAAAAUACUGCUCCAGUUGAGAGAGAAGCAGGACAAAUGGAAAUGAGUCUUCUGGAACAUGAGGAUUGUAGUGUUAGUUUUUCUACCAAAGCUGAAGUGGAAACACCGACUGUCCUGGAGGAUUUGUCCAAAAAAGAUGGUCCGGAUUGCAGUGGCAUCACUUCUCCAAAAAAAAUUAUUCAAUCAGAAGAACUUUUUUCCCCUGAGAAAUCAUUGAAAUGCAAUAGUCAGAGAAAUGAAGUGGGCUUUGUGUCAACAGAAGUUGUGGAAAGCCUUCCAGAUAAUUCUGAAGGGUUGAGUGAUAAAUUUACUUCUGAAGAAGAAAGCAAGCCAAGUAAGAGAGAACCUUCACAGUUACGGAGAGGCCAUCUACAGAGGCCUAAGCCAAAUCUAGUGAAAAAAACUAGGAGAGAAGUGCCUGGUGAGGGAAGAAGCACAAUUGAGGAUAAGUGUGAUGCUGGAAAUGCAGAUGAGGAUCUCAUUCUGUGUGGGAGUAGCAAAUCAGAAAAAUUAAACGCAUUAGUGCAUGGGUCUGCUAAUUUAGCGGAAGCAGUGUCACCUUCAGAGGUUUCAAGAGAAAAUAUUUCUGAGGAAUUGCCCCAUAAAAGAAGCAGGCCAUUCAGAAAAUUCCAGUCCCUGGAGAGAUCGUCAGAGAGUGAAAAUCAAAUAGAACAAGAUGAUUCUCAACUCUCUGCUGCUGAAGAGAAGACUUCAGACAAGCUGACAAGAAGGCAGUGGAGAAGAUCAUCCAAACAAAUAGCCCUGCCGAAACGAAUCUCUGAGCUAAGAGCAGCUACUUCAUUUCCAUCUGAAUUUGAGGCGGAUCAUUCUGAAAAGGGGAAAUGGUGUCGGAAGUUCAAACCAAAUGUCACCAGAGGCAGAGGCUCAAAACCUGCUCGCAGCAAGAAAUCUGGGAAAGACCAUAGGAGUUCCAAGGUAACCUUGGUGACUCUCAGGGCUUCACAGGAAGAGGAUGAAGAUGAGGCAGAUGACUUUGAACUGGAUGAUGAAGAUGAGUGUUUUGCUCCGGAAGAAGUAAAUAAAGCUCCAGUGUUUGUUCCUGUAGGUCUUCGAUCUCCAAAACCUGUUCCUGUCCAGAUUGAGGAAACCAUGGAAGAGCUUGAAAUUUCUGUGAAUGUUCCAGACGUGCCAUGUGUCACAACUGCUGAAUCUCUGUCUCCUGAUUUAAAUGUACCUGUUCAAACUGGGAUACAAAGUAGUGAAAAUUUGAAUGCCUUACAAAUUGUGGGAGUGACUACACAUGAAAAUCCGGAGACAGACACAGGGGCUAAUGAUGGAAGCACAGAAGCUGCCAUGACUUUGCUUGCAAUGGGAGAUCCAAUGUUCCAGUUAAAAAUAAGCGCUAAAGGAUGGACACAAGUGUUGCCUGAGCAAGAUGAGCUGGAUGUGGCUGGUAGCUUUGUAAAUCAACCUUAUGCAGAGCACAGUGCAGUUCUUAGUGAGCAUUCACUUUCUUCACCUGCUACUAAUAACAAACUGGUUCCACUGGAGGAUGGAAACAAAAUCAUUCUAGAGGACCAAAGCACUGGAACAGGAAUAGGUGGAGAAGAAUAUGCCAAUGAAAAUGCUGGACACAGCAGUGAUCAUUUUGUCCCUAAAGCUUGUAACACAGGAUUGACAAGAUGCCUUUUGCCAAGGCCUAAACCAAAUGUUGGAAUAUUGGAAACAAAUGGGGAUGCUUGUCAGAAAUCUCAGAGUCCAGAAAUAGUUGUGGAGCAAUUGGUGCAAGUUGAAAGUGAGGACGAAACACUAAGUGACAGUGCAGAAGAGGAGGUGGUGGAACUAGAUCAGAAGAUCCGAUCAGGUGAGAAUAGUCCUUCCAGUCCAGAUAAUUCUGCAUCCAGAAGCACAGACCUUGUCAAACAAGGAGACAAAGCUGAGAGAACCAAAAAAGAGAUGAGAGAAACUUGGGAAGCUCUGGGAGAGGUAAAAGCUCUCAUCACAUCUCCAAAGGUAGAGUCUUGUCAACCUGGGCUAGGGAAUGAUCCUGGUCAAAGUUUUACACUUGGCUUUCCUGAAGGAACUUCCUGUGAUGCUGAGAACAACUUAUAUGCAGUUGAAUUACUUCAGACUGAGGCAAGUGCUCACAAACUUCAUCAUCAGUGCUUAACCAGCCCAAAGGAGACUUCAGCAGUAAGUGGUUGCAACAAUGAAUAUCAACCAGACCUGGAAGAACAAACAUUUAUUUUAACUUUGGUGGAAAUCCCAACUGACUCUAAAGAAUACAGUGAUGGGUCUGUUUCACUUGAACGUACCUCAGAACCAUUGCUGCCAGCCCCAAUAAUACUCAGUCCAGUCAAUACAGAUGGAGCAAAAACGGUGGGAGAGCAGAGCAUUGGAUCCAUGACACCCAUAGUUGGUGAAGUUGUUGCUCCGUCCGUAGACAACUGUACAGAAAUUGAAGGACCACAAAGAACAUUAACAGAGCCAUUUCUUAAUUUGGAGUCAACAUCUUGGAAAAGGUGUGCUACUGAUACUGAAGAUAGCAAUGUUCCUCCUGCCAAGAGGAGUCCAUCUACUUCAACAGAAGAUAAGCUGGAAUCUUCAGUUAAAUUGAUACAUGCUCCAACAAAAGUUGCUGGAAAACUUUUGGAAAACCUGAGGUCUUCAAAGAAGAAAAAUAUACCUACCUCAACAUCUUUGUCUACAUCUGCAGAUUCGCAACUAGAACAAGGAGGCCAACCUAAAUCUUUGCAGAAUGUAGAAACUUUACCACUUGAAGAUAAAUCAGCAUGCAAAUAUUUAAAUGAAGGGGGAUCUGGAAUACACCCUGAGAUAAAAAUAGGAGCCAGUGAGCAAGGACUAUCUGUGGAGGUUCAUGAACCUGAACAGUCAGGACAUACUGGAACUAUAGCAGCCCCAUCAAAAACCACAUUAGUCAGGCCUGGGCGAAAACCUCUAGGAUUUUUAUCCUUAAUUUGCAAAAAGAGUAGCCCUGACGUUGGAGAAGACAGUAAAGGGAACAAAGAGAAAUUCCAAAAACCUCAAAUACCUGCCUCAAAGCGAAGUCUGAAAAGGUCUGCUCCAUCCACAGAGGACGAGGGGCAGACUCUAGAGCCCUGUUCCCUUCCCUCUACAAGCACAUCAUUUGCUGAAGGAGAGAAUACAGCAGCUGCUAUAGUAAAGACUUCCUGUGAUAAAACUUCUGAGAAGCCAGCUUAUCCUAAAGAGCAGGAGAAAGAAGAGGCACCAACCAGCAUCUCAGAAUAUUUUUUCAGCGAUAUUUUUAUGGAAGUGGAUGAUCCAGAGUAGCAUAGGAAUUUCCAUAAAAUUUUGGGUUAUGAAGCAUGGUACAACAAAAGUUUCGAUAAUUUGCUGAAUUCAGCUUUAUUCUAUCUAUAGGUCUAAUUUUUCUUGCUAGCCAGGUUCUCUCUGGUUAGUAGAAAGAGCCAGUGUGACUUGGGAGUUUUCAAAUUUGUAAGAAAACUAAACCACUAGAUUAGUGUGAUUGGACUGAAACAGACUGGUUGGUAUUUUGAGUCUUAAAGAUAUGCAGGUACUGGGUGCAUGGUUACCUUUCAGAAAAGUGCAAUGUAUAAAUGCCUAUCCACAUGACAAUAUCCUUUAAAUCAUAGUGCUGAAGCUUAUGGGGCUACUUAGAUGAAUUCUUAACUUUUGUGAAGUAACUCUUUAGGAGGAGAAAUAAACCUUCAUAUUUCUCGGUAGAUAAAGAAGCAAAUUGUGAAAGUGUAGUACAGCAAGUACAUUGAAAUAUUUAGUAUUGUCAGCUAUUUUUACUGGCAUCUCCAAAUUUAUGUAUUUUUGUAAUUGAUGAGCUUGCAUGAACACAAGCUUAAAAAGGCCCUUAUUGAAAAGCCAAAUGUUUAAUCCCUUUAACUGUAUGGAGAUAAAUACAAAAGGUCCUUUUUAUUUAAUUUAUUCAAAGAAGAAGACCCUCCUACUUCUGAAUGCUAAUUUCCUUGUAAAUUUAAUGUGUAUAGGAUGGAUUCUGCUUUCAUAUUUUGGCUAUAUAUAUAAAAAAAAAACUCCUCUGGCUUACUUAGAAAUUUGCUACUGUAAAGAAAGAGAAACUGAAAGUAGAGCAAAAUCAGACCUAUGCCUGUGAAGUGAGGAUGCCCUGGAAAUAUUGAACUUUGAAGCAGUUGUUUUGCUCAUAUUUUCCUGUCCUUCCCCCCCCCCCGAACAAUAAUUUAAUGUCAGAUUCUUUGAUAGUUUUAGAUUUGUCCUAUUUUCCACUUACAUGAAAAUAUGCCUUGACAAGAUUGUCACAUGGUCACGUUACUUUUAACUGGCUCACAAAAAGAAAAUGCUAUACUGUACAUAUUAAGUUAAAGAAGUAUAGGUAUCUAAACUUAACUUGGGUAAACUCCACAUUUUUUUCUCCUCAAUUAAAGAUUAGCCAUUGGAGGGCAUGGAUGUAAUGCCACAUAAAUUAAGUUCGGUAUAUCCAUAGCAGUUCUGAAAAGCUCCAAACAAUUUUUGCUCUAACUUCUCUUACUAUAGCUCAGGAAUAUAUAGCAUGUGUUCACUUAUUGUAAGGUGGUGCUUCUGUCUUUUAAUUUGCAUUUUCUGUUUGGGUCCAGCCAAAACUAAAAUAAUUUUCAGUAAGAGUAAUUAAAAAAAAAAAUUUUUUUAAAUACAAUAUUCAAACAAUCGGAGUUUAUUUUACCACCUUUUCCAAAGAAAUAUCUUUUUGGGUGGUGGCUUUAUAGAAAACAAUAUUUUUUCCAAUUAUUGGAUUAAUGUUAAAUUAUGUGCUAAGACUUGAGAAUUUUUCUUCUUUGAAAAGCUAUUUUUGGCUUGACUUCUGAAGGAAAUUUACAACAGACAGACCAGCUAUUAGGAAUCUCUAAUGGAAAAGUCCAGGCCAUUUCCUUUAUCAAUCAUAUGCUAGAAGCAGUUACAUUUUAAUGUUGUAAUGGAAAGAAAAAACGUACUAAUCUAGUCUGGACUUGUUUUUCAAGUAAAUAUUUUUAUUAAAAACAAAAACAAAAUUGCACAAAUAGUUCCAAUCAUAUUAUGCCCUGGUGCAGGUGGCUUUGACUGUAAAUUUAGGUUGAAAUAUUUAUUUGUUUUAAUACCUUUUUACAUAAGCAUCACAGUAAUAGAUGAACGUUGCAUACAUAUUAACUGUCUAUUAUACAUUUUGUUUUCUUUUAUGCAAAUAGUUCCUGUUUACAAUGUGGCAUGUUUCAAUGAAGAAUCAGGUAAACCAAUUAAAUCACCCACAGUGGUGCGAUAUAAAAAUUGAUUUGUAGCUAUAUGAUAAUGUACUUUAUUUGUCAGAGUAGUAGAGAGACUCAUACUUCAGAUUUGAUUCAAUAUACUAGGCAAAACUAUUUGCAAAUUAUAAGAGGAGGUAAGAUUGAUUUAUGGUGCCUUUCUCUGUUCCUGUUAAUGGAAUAGAUAAUGCUUGUUUUAUUUUUUUUUUUCAAGAGCAAACCAUGUGCACUUUUGUUAUUAGUUACCUUUUUUGAUGUGAAUUUCAAGACAGAGAGAGCAUAAUGUGCGUUUUCUGCAUUGGGUAUAGAAAGCUGUAUGACUUAUGGAAGAACAAACUACAGCUUGCGAACACCCACUAAUGAUUGCUUUUUCAUUUUUCUCAAGAUGUGACAAAGGACAGAUUUUGCCUGGAGAGUUCUUUGACACAUUGUGUGUAAUAUUGCUUUUGUUGUAAGCUUUCUGUUUCAAAGAAAGCAGUCAUGUUCUAUAUGUAAAUUAUGUGAAUAAAUAAUUUUAUAUCA